AUGGACGGAUUACUGAAUGAAAAUGUCUCGGAUGUCAGAUUCAGUGCUUGGACACCAAUCAUUAAUAAAUCGUCAAAUCAGCAGCUCUUUCAGGAGAGAACAACUCUAAUAUUUCAUUGGUUUGACCUUUGGACUGACCAGCAGAGGAAACAGUUUAUGGAUGCUCUACUUUUGAGAUGCUCCAAUUCACAGCGGAAGUUUGCUAGAGACUGGCUGAUAGAAGUGGUGCCAAUCAAGCACAUGGAUUUCACAUCAGUGCUACCUCGUUGCCUCUCUCUCUACAUCCUCUCCUUCCUCAACCCCAUGGAGCUCUGCAAAGCUGCGCAAGUGUCCUGGCACUGGAAGUUUCUGGCAGAACAGGACUGCUUAUGGUCGGACAGGUGUGUGCGACGAGGCUGGUUCCUGCCAUACACCCCAUCCAACAGGGAGUUUGGAGCUUGGAAAACUCACUACAUCAGCUGUGCCUCAAGUUUAGACUACCUGACACCACGGGAGGCUGCAGAGGUGUAUGGCACCCUGAACGAGACCGUUGACGACACCAAGGAGAAGAAGGAGAGACUGAGAGAGCACAUGAUACGAAAGGCCAUCAGGGAAAAGGCUGCAGAUUUGAAGAGAGGCUCAGUGAAAUCCAGAAGAGCCUGGUUAAGUAACAGCUGGACAGCUGGAUCACAGGCCAGUGUUCAUGGCCACCAGAAACCAUCAGGAAUGGGGUCAACCUCAUCUCUGGUCAUUUUGGGGGAAAAGUGCCGGUCACAGUUGUUGCUGCGAGAUAAAGAAGAUGUGUUUUCUCUAAGCACAAGAUCAGACAUGGAGCAGACAUCACUUACAACAUCUAUGAGGUCUCUUAAUAUACAGUAUCUGCAGAUCCAAGAGCAGGUGAAUUGCUCAACAGUACUUGUGUUGCAGCUGCUGCUGGCUGGCGCUCGUGUCUCCGUGGAGCCGCUCCUGUAUGACCACAGCACUGCCACCCUGGAGCUGCUUCUGACUCAGGCUGAGAGGCUCACUCAGGGCCGGAGGGUGCAGAGCAUAGGCCUCCUCACAGAGGGGGGCACUGACCACAUUAAUAUCAUACAAGGACUGACUGUUAGUGAGAGCACAGUCCUUAAUCCCAAGGUGAGGGAAUUCUGGGAAAAGAUAUCAGGUUGGAUUAUUCCCCAGACUGAGGGGGGAAGCCUGGAUAUAUUCCUACCUCUGGCAGCCUCCACCUCAGGAGCCAACCUGGUGAGGAAGCUGGCCUCUCUGACUGGGCUGGACAUUAGGGUCCCCUCUGGCAUCUGCACCGGCUCCUACCAACACAUCCUCAGUGAGUGGUGUGGGGCAGGCCAGUUCCCUCCGCUGACGUACUUCAGUGAGGGGCCCCUGCUGAGCUGGUGCUGGCAGGCCGAGUGGCUGGAGGAGGCCCUUGGGGGCCUCAGGGAGCACAUGGGGCCACAGCUCCCCAGGCUGAGUAGAGAGACACAGGGCCGCAUGCUGGGUCAGUUUCUGUGUGACAGAGUGAACCUACCAGACACCCUUGUCAAGUCUGAGGUCACAACAGUGUUGACUGAAGCCCUGAUGGCACUGUGUGUAGAAAGACCUGAGAGGCCUGUGGAGUUUCUGGGUAGGUUCUUGAUGAGAGGAUCCGAGGGCACUGCUGGCAUGGAGCCUGACACGGCGGGCCAGACCAAGAGCACAAAUAAAGGAGUCCUCAGUCCACUCUUUGAGCUGCCACAGGACAUUGUCAGUGAGGCGAACAGGCGCUGGGCGGUGGCCAGAGAGCUGAAGCGGAGUGAGAGCCGAUACAUCCAGCACCUCCAGAGUGUGGGAAGAGAGUACUACACCCCUCUCAGGGCGGCCCUGGACUCCAACCGGGCCCUCCUCAGCUCUGCCAACAUGCUCAUGGUCUUCACUCCUGUCCUCGAUAUACUGGAGGUCAACAGUGUCUUUCUGAGGGACCUGACUGAGCGUCUAGAGGAAUGGAAUCCACAGCAGUGUGUUGGUGACAUAUUCAAAAAAUUCUGCACCAAGCUGUGGGUCUAUACCAAUUUCUUCAAUAAUUAUCCGACUAUCCUCAAAACCAUAGACAAGUGCAAAGAAAUGCUACCUGCAUUUCGAUCCUUUUUGAAAAGACACGAUAGAACACCGAAUACAUUUAUGCUAAGUCUCCAGGAGCUGUUGCUAACCCCCUCUGCCCGUAUUGAGGAGUAUGUGUCUCUACUGCAGGCCCUGUCUGUGCACACCCCUCCUGAAAACAAAGACCACGGCCACCUAACGUCUGCCCUGAGCACAUUGUCCAGCUACAGGUCCUUCUUAUGCAAGCUGAAGAGGAGUGUUGACAGUGACGUGAGAAUGCAGGAGACCCAGCGGAUGAUUCAGAGCUGCCCAAAUUUGAAAGAGGGGGAUAGAUAUUUAAUCACAACACAAGAUGUGGCAUUAUUGAAGUGCUCAAAUGAGGACAUCAUUGCUUCCCUCAGGAUGUACGAGCAGGUCAGAGAUUUGGGACUGUUCCUUUUUAAUGACGCUUUGGUGCUAAGUGAGAGGCAUGUCUCCUACCAGCCAUACAGCCAUGCUCUCAGGACAUCCCAUACCUUUUUGGCCUCUGUGGCGCUCCAUAGUCUUGUCCUCAGAGACAUAGCAGACACCAAAUAUGUUCACAACGCUUUUGUGCUGGAGGGCCCAAAGCGUCAGUGGAUCUGUGCAACGGAGAAAGAGGACAACAAGCUCACGUGGCUGUCUGCCUUGAAGAGGGCCAUCAGCGCUGCCCUAAAGGAGCGCUAAGAGCCGGACAGUGCAGUUGCUGUGGACAGCUUGUCUGAGAUGUUCACUGUGUGGAUGGCUACAGAUGAAGCUCUUGCCUUGAAUUAAUCUCAAUCAGGCCAACACGCGGGGCAGACAGUUAAUGAAAUGGAUGGCAUCAUUGUGUUUAUUGACCCCUUCAAGGCUUACCUCAGGAGAAAAAUGUGUACGCAUAUGCAUAUCGGGGUCAGAAAGCUUUUCAUCCCAUUGAAUUGUGUGUGUGUGUGUGUGUGUGUGUGUGUGUGUGUGUGUGUGUGUGUGUGUGUGUGUGUGUGUGUGUGUGUGUGUGUGUGUGUGUGUGUGUGUGUGUGUGUGUGUGUGUGUGUGUGUGUGUGUGUGUGUGUGUGUGAAUUGACUGAAACAUCAAGGAAUAAUCAAUAAUCAAUAUGUAUGUUGUGGUUAUUCUGUUGUGUAUGGUCAGGGUAUGAACACUAAUAUUACCCUUGAUGUUUUGUUGGUUUCUAUGUGUAUAGAGAGGUGUUUGCACACGUACAGUAUAGCCCACACUUUUUAGAAUACUUUUAGACUACAACAUGGUUUUUAGAGAGGUCUAACCAGGGACUGGGGUUGCAAAUUAGCCAACUGGCUAGAAACCUUCUAUGUACAGUAACACAUCUACAGACAUUGUUAUAUGGCAUUGAUUGUGAUAGCU